CCUCAAGAGGUCCAGGAUAGCAACCGAGAGGCAGAGUUUGGUAUGAUACCAUGGAAGGGCAGCACAACCAUCCUCAUCAUCUUGGGGACCAGAACAACCCUCUGUGCAAGCUGCCGGGGCAGGAAUUCCAGCAUGAUCCUCAGAGACAUUUAACGUCGUACCCGUAUCGCUGCACCUUGGCAGAUUUUCAGAUUGAGAAGAAGAUCGGACGCGGCCAGUUCAGCGAAGUUUACAAAGCAACUUGUCUUCUGGACAGGAAACCCGUGGCACUGAAGAAAGUGCAGAUUUUCGAAAUGAUGGAUGCCAAGGCAAGGCAAGAUUGCAUUAAAGAAAUUGACCUCUUGAAGCAACUGAACCACCCCAACAUAAUCAAGUAUUUGGAUUCUUUCAUUGAAGACAAUGAACUCAACAUUGUCCUGGAGCUGGCUGAUGCUGGGGAUCUCUCUCAGAUGAUUAAGUAUUUUAAAAAGCAGAAACGGUUAAUCCCGGAAAGGACAGUGUGGAAAUAUUUUGUGCAGUUAUGCAGUGCAGUGGAACACAUGCACUCCCGCAGGGUGAUGCACAGAGACAUAAAACCAGCCAACGUGUUUAUAACAGCCACAGGGGUGGUGAAGCUGGGAGAUCUUGGAUUAGGCCGGUUUUUUAGCUCUAAAACCACUGCAGCACAUUCCUUAGUGGGAACUCCCUACUAUAUGUCCCCAGAGCGAAUACACGAGAACGGCUAUAACUUUAAGUCUGAUAUCUGGUCUUUGGGCUGUUUAUUGUACGAGGUAAGCCUUAACUUAGGGAACAGGAGCUGUGAGAUAUUGCAGAUUCCAGGGAGGACUGGACAGAUGGCAGCUCUGCAAAGUCCCUUCUAUGGAGAUAAAAUGAACCUGUUUUCUCUUUGCCAAAAAAUAGAGCAAUGUGACUACCCACCUCUUCCAGCUGAACAUUAUUCUGAAAAGCUGCGGGAGCUGGUCAGCAUGUGCAUAUACCCCGACCCAGAUCAAAGGCCUGACAUCGGUUACGUGCACCAAAUAGCCAAACAAAUGCACGUGUGGACCUCGAGCACAUGAGCGCCGCGCCAGGGAGCCAGCACAGCUCAGUCUUACUUGAAUUCUUUUCUCAGCUGAAAGCGACUGGUGCCAGGUCACACAGGUGGGAGGUUGAGCACUCGCAGCAGAGGCUCCAUCAUUUGCAGGUUAUUUGACAAGGACUCUUACAGGUGGUCGUGCUUUAACAUGAAGAUUCUGUGAGGUAUUGCAAGUGAUUCUUUUUAUUUUUUAUUUUUAAGGCCAAUAAUGUUACGGAUGUAGAUCAUUUAAGGGUCCUUUCUUAAAACUGUCGUGUGUAAUCUAGGAUAGCAGCUAUUACCGAGGGCUCAGCGUUUGCCAGACCUUCUAUCUUAACUGUAAUGUGAAAUACUGAAAUAAUUCCUUCAGUGAAAUCACUUUAUACUAAUGUAAGGAUUACCAUAGAUGUUGUGUAAUUUGUAUAACUGCUACUUUGCCUCUUCUGCAAAUGGUUACUAGCAAAUUCAGUUUUUACUUGGUAUAUUUUAAAGCAGCCAUUUACGUUUUUAUUAAUUUCCUCCUCUUCAGACUUAGGAACUGGGAAGGGUUGGGGGGAUGGGAAACCCUUUUGUUUCAUGAUUUCUUUUUUUUUUUAAAUUGAAAAAUUAAGAGUAUUUUGCUGAUGCAUUUCUCUGUCGGAGAUGAGUUAAACAUGAACCUGGGAAAAGAAGAUAAACAUGCCAAGCAAACCCCUACAAGCCUUGCUCCUGCAGAGAACUGCUCCUUUCCCUCAUUUUUCCCUUCUGGAAUGGUUCUUUACCUCCAGGUUCUUGUUUAAAACCAGUGUUUAUCAAAGCAAAUUCAUUUUUGGUGCAGAGACUUUUACAUAUUCAAUAGUACAUCAGGUACUAUCGGUGGAACUUUAGCAGUGUUUUAAACACUUGGAAAUUUUUAAAAAAUAAAUUAAAUGCUUUGUGUAUGGAAUUCCACAUAGGAUCAGCCCCUUCUCUCAAACUGUGAAAGCUCAUUACAGAAUGUGAAUGUUUAUAAAAUCUCAACCUGAUCUGAAGGAGUCAUCGUCUUUAACUGCAUGAAAAUUGUCAACCAGCUAAAUUUGUUCAUUGAAUCAAUGAUUUGUUUCAUUACUGUCAAUGGAAAUACUCACUGCUUUAGGAACAGCCGUGGAUUCACGUUCCAGUGUCUCCAUUCCAUGUGCCUGUCAGGAGGAGCAGGGCUGCACUCGGUGCUCCAGAGGAAAUCCUGCAGCCUGUGCUGCUCCAGUGCCGCUUCCACGUGGGACAGGGGCUUGUGCCAAUGUAUACAUUUGUGUGUGACAGUUCAAAUGCAGCCUGUGCCUGUUCUGGUGGUUGUUUUUUUUUUUAAAGAAAGCUUACAAUCCUUGACUUUUUUGAACUAAGAUUAGGGUUAGGGGGUUACAUACAUAUAUAUAUGCUUUUAGUGGAUUUUUUUAACCUACUUUUCUCUACUUUAAGGAAAACUGCAGUGCCAUCUUCAACUAGUUCCUGUAAAAUUUGGGAAUAUUUGUAUAGGGUACCAAGAAAAGCCAUUACUUGCUGUGAAUAUGGUUGGUAUCAUUAAUGCAAGGUGCCAUUUUACUGAGGCGUCUCAGCAGAAAGUUGAGGCUGCUGCUCUCAGGAGAGAUGUGGGAAAUUCAAAUCAGCAGGAGAAUAUCGUGGAGGCACCAAAUUACUCCCACCAUUUCCAUGCCAACCAGCCUGGUUAUUUAUACCAGCUUCUUUAGCACUUCCCAGGGUUCAGCCUGAACCUCUCUGGUUCCACUGCAGCUUUCCUUGGAGCCACGGCUUCCAGGGAAGCUCAGCUCAAAUAUGAGUAUCUGGAGAAGUCUGGUCACUUUCUUGCUACAUGAAAUUUCGUAGUGCUUAUAAAGAAAUGUAUUUCAAAAGGUAAUUUUUUGCAAUUGUGCGUUUUUAGAUAAAUAAAAUUAUUUCCAAAAUAAA